AGCCUGUCACAUCCACGUGUUGUGGCCACGGGCGUGACAGUUCUCGCGCGCGCGCUUCAGUACCCGGGUUCUCACUUGUCGUUGACGGUCAUGGCGUCCAAGUCGAAGGCACGGACGGUCAUCGUUCGGAUGGUUUCUUCGGCCAAAACCGGCUACUUCUACACUACGCAACGGCUCCGGAUAGGGCCCAAGCUCUCCGCUGUGAAGUACGACCCGAGAGUUAAAGCGCGAGUGCUAUUCAUGGAGACUAAAAAAUAGACUCGUCAUGCACCUCGUGUCCACCUGAUGCGCAUCCUACGACUGAUGGACACUUCGCGACGACUACGGUCAUGUCACACAUCAGCAUUUGCGACGGAGAAGCUUAUGCGAAGACAGGGUGUCCUAUGAAGACAAUAUAGUAUGGAUGCCUGUGGAUGCUUCGUGAGCACAUUCAGCAAUUUGCGUCUGUGAUCCUCAGAUUAUCGCAAGUGUCUGUCAUGUUAUGCGUAACCCACUCGCAGGAGUGUAGUCCGAAACACGACACCACGAACACCUCAGUAUCCCAUCCAGAGUCUACCCCGUGGCAGCGAGAUGCGCAAAUAUGACGGCUCAUAGACA